UGAAGUCUUAGAGUUGCCACCAGUUUUCUCAGGCACUGACUCCCAGCUCUCCACACACCAUGGCCACGAAAGCAGACAGCAGGCCUGGGGGAUUCACUAGCAAUGGCUGCGACCCAGUCACAGCUCGAGAGCAUGUGCAGGUUGUGACCCGAAACUACAUCACCCACCCCCGUGUCACCUACAGGACCGUGUGCAGCGUCAAUGGGCCUCUAGUGGUGCUCGACCAGGUCAAGUUUGCCCAGUAUGCUGAGAUUGUCAACUUUACCCUCCCGGAUGGGACCCAGAGGAGUGGCCAAGUGCUGGAAGUGGCUGGGACCAAAGCCAUUGUCCAGGUGUUUGAAGGGACCUCAGGGAUUGACUCCCAGAAGACCACCUGUGAAUUCACAGGGGACAUCCUGCGGACUCCUGUGUCAGAGGACAUGCUGGGUCGGAUUUUCAAUGGCUCUGGCAAGCCCAUUGACAAAGGGCCUGCUGUCAUGGCAGAGGACUUCCUGGACAUCAACGGCCAGCCCAUCAACCCUCAUGACCGAAUCUACCCCGAGGAGAUGAUCCAGACAGGAAUCUCCCCCAUUGAUGUCAUGAACAGCAUCGCCCGUGGCCAGAAGAUCCCCAUCUUCUCUGCAGCUGGGCUCCCCCACAAUGAGAUUGCUGCCCAGAUCUGUCGCCAAGCCGGGCUGGUGAAGAAGUCCAAGGCUGUGCUGGAUUACCAUGAGGACAACUUUGCCAUUGUCUUUGCAGCCAUGGGGGUGAACAUGGAGACAGCCAGGUUCUUCAAGUCAGAUUUCGAGCAGAAUGGAACCAUGGGAAACGUCUGCCUCUUCCUGAACUUGGCCAAUGAUCCUACGAUUGAACGGAUCAUCACCCCUCGUCUGGCCCUGACCACAGCUGAGUUCCUUGCCUACCAGUGUGAGAAGCAUGUGCUGGUCAUAUUAACCGAUAUGAGUUCCUAUGCAGAGGCUUUGCGGGAGGUCUCAGCUGCCAGAGAGGAAGUGCCAGGGCGCCGUGGCUUUCCUGGAUAUAUGUACACAGACUUGGCCACCAUCUAUGAGCGAGCUGGCCGCGUGGAGGGCCGGGGCGGCUCCAUCACGCAGAUCCCCAUUCUCACCAUGCCCAAUGAUGAUAUCACCCACCCCAUCCCAGACUUGACUGGCUUCAUCACAGAGGGACAAAUUUAUGUGGACAGACAGCUACACAACCGGCAGGUCUAUCCCCCCAUCAACGUGCUCCCUUCCCUGUCACGGCUGAUGAAGUCGGCCAUAGGCGAGGGCAUGACCAGAAAGGACCACGGAGAUGUCUCCAACCAGCUGUAUGCCUGCUACGCCAUCGGGAAGGACGUGCAAGCCAUGAAAGCGGUGGUGGGGGAGGAGGCACUCACCUCGGAGGACCUGCUCUACCUGGAGUUUCUGCAGAAGUUCGAGAAGAACUUCAUCACCCAAGGUCCCUACGAGAACCGCACCGUGUUCGAAUCUCUGGACCUGGGCUGGAAACUGCUGCGCAUCUUCCCCAAAGAGAUGCUGAAGCGCAUCCCGCAGAGCAUGACGGACGAGUUCUACUCCCGCCAGGGGGCGCAGCAGGACCCUGCGUCCGAUACCGCGCUCUAGGGCAGCCCCAGUCUGCAGCCU